AGCCAGGACUAAUGAUGAAGGUAGCAGGUGUGUCAAUGUCAGGUGAUGCACCAGGAAGGGACAUGGCUUGAAGCAAGAGAGAGGCAGCAUGAUGAACACAUGUGUGUUUGAUUUUGAACUGGAAAUGAAAAUCAACCUAAUCGGGAAUCUUGACUUCUCAAUUGCCUGAGUACAACCCAACUAAAAUGGUGCAUCAGUGGCCUUCUGUUAUAGUGUGUGGUCUGGGACAGAUCAAAACACAGUCACUCACACAGCAGCAUUCAGCUGAAAAGGAUGUCUGGUGCAAAGGUACUGCUGUUCCUGCAGAGCCUGUCGCGUAGGAAACCUCUGGAGCCCGAAGGAGAGGUGUCCAACUUUCGGCGAUGCCUGACCACCCUCGACCUGGUGGCCCUGGGGGUCGGCAGUACGCUGGGGGCCGGUGUGUACGUGCUGUCGGGAGAGGUGGCCAGAACCGUGGCCGGGCCCAGUAUCAUAAUCGCCUUCCUGAUAGCAGCGGUGGCCUCCAUCUUUGCAGGACUUUGCUAUGCUGAGUUUGGAGCUCGUGUUCCCAAAACUGGCUCUGCCUAUCUCUACAGCUAUGUGACUGUGGGAGAGAUAUGGGCUUUUAUCACUGGCUGGAACUUGUUGCUGUCUUAUGUCAUAGGGACGUCAAGUGUUGCCAGAGCGUGGAGUGGGACCUUCGAUGAGCUCGUUGGAAAUGUGAUUGCCAACUCCCUAGGCAAACAGGCUGCAAUGAACUUACCUGGAUUGGCUCCCUACCCAGACUUCUUUGCAGCUGGCCUCGUAAUGCUGUUGGCAGGGGUUCUUGCGUUUGGUGUUAAGGAGUCAGCUAUUGUAAAUAAGGUUUUUACAGCAGUUAACAUCCUGGUGUUGCUGUUUGUUAUUCUCGCUGGAUUCAUUAAGGGGGACAUCAACAACUGGUACAUUGGUGAAGAGUCUCUCGAAGAUGGAUAUGAAAACUUCACAUCACUGAAUGACACCACCAGAAUUGGGAGUGGAGGAUUUUUCCCUUUUGGCUUUGAGGGAACAUUAGCAGGAGCAGCCACAUGCUUUUAUGCAUUUGUUGGAUUUGACUGCAUUGCCACAACAGGAGAGGAGGUUCAAAACCCCCAGAAGUCAAUCCCCCUCGGUAUCGUGGCGUCCCUCCUCAUCUGCUUCCUGGCGUACUUUGGUGUGUCUGCAGCCCUGACCCUCAUGAUGCCGUACUAUUUGCUCAGUCCUAACAGCCCAUUGCCUGUGGCCUUUACAUACAUCGGUUGGGGCCCUGCAAAGUAUGUAGUGGCUGUGGGAUCCCUCUGUGCACUGUCCACAAGCCUGUUAGGAUCGAUGUUCCCGAUGCCCCGUGUCCUCUUUGCCAUGGCCAGGGACGGACUGCUCUUCAGCCCUCUCAGUAAAAUGAGUGACAGACAAAGUCCUGUUAUAGCGACCCUGGCUUCAGGUGUUGUAGCAGCUAUCAUGGCGUUAUUGUUUGACCUGAAGGCGCUGGUUGACAUGAUGUCAAUUGGAACCCUCUUCGCCUACACACUUGUUGCCAUUUGUAUCCUCAUAUUAAGGUACCAACCAGACCUCAGCGAGGAGUCAAGUUUCAGCAAACCAGAACCCUUUACAGUUCCUGGAGUAUUAUUUCCUCCUUCACAAGUCACUUCACGAACAUCAAAAAAUGUGUCUCUUUUAACUGUUUUUAUUAUCUUUUUAGCUAUCUUCCUAAGCCUCGUCAUAUCUGGGGCUGUCAACUCCCUGCACGCCCUGCAGUGGUGGAGUUUACUUUGUGUCUCCAUCAUUGUCCUGAUGCUGGUCCUCACUACCCUGAUCAUCAUGAGACAACCACAGAAUACAACCAAAGCUGCUUUCAUGGUUCCUUUUGUGCCAUUGCUUCCUAUUUUCAGCACCUUUGUCAACGUCUAUCUUAUGGUUCAACUUGGAUCCGACACAUGGAUCCGCUAUGCAGUGUGGAUGGCAGUAGGUUUAAUCAUCUACUUUGGUUAUGGUGUUCAGCACAGUGUGCAGAAACAAAGACUCCAAAAUUCAGACAACCACGUCAGUAUUCACAGCAUCGCCACCACUAUGGAGCAAAACUUUGAACCGGGACAAGACUUUAAAGGCUAAAUGGUGUGACAUAAUUGAUUUAACUGAUGUAAGCAUUCAGUGGGCGAAUCAUCAAGCGAAGCUAAAUGCUUUCAUUUCAAUAAAAAUGUGGCCAGUGUUUAUUAAUGUCCUAAUAGUGUUUGUUUCAUGAAUUCAGAAAGUUAAAUAUAAAAGCAAUACUGUGUUUUCAUUUUACUGUUUCAUUUAUUGAUAUUGAUAUAUCAUAGGUUAGAGUGUGUAAGAUUUUACAAAGAAUAGAGCAAUGUUUGAUGUUUAAGUGCCUCUACUCAAGUACCUUUUUAUAGUCAGGACUCUAAGUGCCAAAAGACAACAUUUAGCUCAUAUCUUGGAGGUAAGUGUUGAAAAUAUAUACGGCUCUUGUGAUGUGUUAUUAAUUAUUUUGUAUACCUUCAGUCAGAGAAAUUAUAGUGUUUCAGUUCCCUGCAUUUCUUUUAUAGGAGACAUGGUCAUAUUACUCACAAUUACCUCACAUUUAUGCAGCUUUGCUGUUUCAUAUUCAUGUAUGACAUAUUAUAGGCUAUUGCUAGUGGCAGGGAUUUCUUUUGUUGAGCUCCUUGACAGUUUGUCCACUGCUCCUAAUGUAGCCUAAUGUCCACAUCCAGUGUUUAAUGUAUUUGUAUCACUUACUAUUAUCAUGUAAAAUGUAACAUUUUUGUGGUAUGCACAUGAAAUAAACAUAUUUUAAUUUUGGGA